AAGUCAGCAAGAAAUGUAAAGCCGCGCAGACUGAAGCAUGGUUCGGAUGGUAAUCUUCAAGACGUAGAAACGCUUGCGCAAAAGCCAUCGCCUCUUGCACAAGUAACCCUGUAACAUCAAGAAAAUUCACAGGGAGGAAGAGGCGCUAUAUUUCUCGAACUUUCUCAAGCACACACUGAAGAUACGCGCAAUUUCUAGACAGAUCUCCAGAUCUUAACUUUUCAUAUAAAUAAAGUCACUCGGGCUGUCGUUCUGCACAUUAAUUUAUUACUGUUUACUUUGUUUUGUACCCAAUACCCAACUAUCAGAUAAAUCAUGUCUCACCACCAAGCUGUCGGAAUCGAUCUUGGAACCACUUACUCAUGCGUUGGAGUUUUCCAACACGGUAAAGUAGAGAUUAUCGCUAACGAUCAAGGUAACAGAACGACGCCCAGUUAUGUGGCAUUUAACGACACAGAGCGACUCAUUGGUGACCCUGCCAAGAACCAGGUCGCAAUGAACCCUUGCAACACAGUUUUUGAUGCCAAGCGUCUUAUUGGCCGAAAGUACACAGAUGACGUUGUCCAGGACGACAAGAAACAUUGGCCCUUCGAAAUCAUUGAUGAGGGAGGUCGACCUAAAAUCCAGGUCGAGCACAAAGGACAGAACAAGAUGUUCUUUGCUGAAGAAAUCUCUUCUAUGAUCCUCGGAAAGAUGAAGGAGACCGCUGAAGCCUAUCUUGGCAAGACAGUUUCCGAUGCCGUCGUCACAGUACCCGCCUACUUCAACGACUCUCAGCGUCAAGCCACCAAAGAUGCUGGAGUUAUCGCUGGACUGAACGUUCUCAGAAUCAUCAACGAACCCACCGCCGCCGCCAUCGCUUACGGUCUGGACAAAAAAGGAAACACACAAGGAGAGAAGAACGUAUGCAUCUUCGAUCUUGGUGGUGGUACCUUCGAUGUGUCUAUCUUGUCUAUUGAAGAUGGUAUUUUCGAGGUCAAAUCUACUGCUGGAAACACUCACUUGGGAGGAGAAGAUUUCGACAACAGGAUGGUCGGUCACUUCUGUGAGGAGUUCAAGAGGAAGCACAAGAAAGAUCUGAGAGAAAACAAGAGAUCUCUGAGGAGACUGAGGACCGCUUGUGAGCGAGCAAAGCGAACCCUUUCAUCAUCUGCCCAGGCCUCUAUUGAAAUUGAUGCCCUCUACGAAGGUAUUGACUUCUACACAACCCUGACCCGACCCAGAUUCGAGGAACUGAACGGAGAUCUUUUCCGACAAACUCUUGAGUGUGUCGAGAAAGCCAUCCGUGAUUCCAAGCUGGAGAAGAACAAGAUUGAUGAGGUGGUACUGGUUGGAGGUUCCACUCGUAUCCCCAAGAUCCAGAAACUCCUCGAGGGAUUCUUCAAGGAUAAGACUCUGAACAAAUCUAUCAACCCUGAUGAGGCUGUUGCCUACGGAGCUGCUGUGCAAGCUGCUAUCCUCUCUGGUGACAAAUCUGAGGAAGUACAAGAUCUGCUUCUUCUGGAUGUCGCUCCUCUCUCCUUGGGAAUUGAGACCGCUGGCGGUGUCAUGACCUCCCUUAUCAAGAGGAACGCCACCAUCCCCACCAAGCAGAGCCAGAAGUUCACCACCUACGCUGACAACCAGCCAGGUGUCCUGAUCCAGGUUUACGAGGGUGAGCGAGCCAUGACCAAGGAUAACAACAUCCUCGGAAAGUUCGAGCUGUCCGGAAUCCCACCUGCUCCCAGGGGAGUUCCCCAGAUCGAGGUUACCUUUGAUGUGGACGCCAACGGUAUCUUGAACGUAUCAGCUGUUGAUACUAGUACCGGAAAGGCUGAGAACAUCACCAUCACCAACGAUAAGGGACGUCUCUCCAAGGAAGAUAUCGAGAGGAUGGUUAAUGAAGCUGAGAAAUACAAGUCUGAGGAUGAUGCCCACAGGGACAGAAUCACCGCCAAGAACGGACUUGAAGCCUACUGCUUCCAGAUGAAAUCCACCAUGGAAGAUGACAAGAUGAAGGACAAGAUCAGUGAGGAUGACAAGAAGUCGAUCGUUGACAAAGUCACGGAGACUCUGAGCUGGCUGGACAGCAACCAGACCGCUGAAAAGGACGAGUACGAACACAAGCAGAAGGAAUUGGAGGGAAUCUGCAACCCCAUCAUCACCAAGCUCUACCAGUCUGCUGGAGGUGCCCCAGGAGGUAUGCCCGGCGGUAUGCCCGGUGGAAUGCCCGGCGGUAUGCCCGGUGGACCUGGUGGACCUGGAGCUCCCCCUCCCAGCUCCGGAGGCGGUGCUGGACCUACCAUCGAGGAAGUUGAUUAAUCCUCUGUGUCGACAAGGACUAAACUUUUAAAGAUAGUUAUUUUUGUGUUUUAUUUUAAACUGACCUUCAACGGUUCCUGAAUUUCUAUUUGUAAAAGUUUAACUCUUCUAACAAAAUUGUA